AUGUUUGUACUCGGAGGGUGCUGGUCCGAACAAUCUGACCAUGGGGAAAAGGUGAAGAGCAUUCAAUUCCCCUCGACUACCGUCGACAGCUAUAUCCUGCAACUGGAGCAGCGACUGGAGAAGAUGGAAGCGUCAAUACGGCAGCUCCAGGACCAUAGGUCAUCGGCGCCCAUAGACGGCAAAGAAUCGAGAGGAGGCCCGAGUAGGGGGCCAGAAGACCCACUGAAAGAUGUACAGGACUCUUCAACCGGCUCAGCAGCAGCACCAGAUCCCAGGGACCAGAAUACAACAGAGCCUCUGGGAGAAAUUGAUGCAUCUGAGAGCUCGGUAGACGGUAUGGGAGCGCUUCAGUUCACAGACGAAGAGGAUUGUGGUUUCUUCGGGCCUUCUUCUAAUAUUGCAUUUCUGCGCUAUAUAUCUCGAGCGAUAGCAAAGACAAGUCCGCAUAGGGAGCCGGCCCUUGUUCCGUCUCCGUCGCAGAGGAACUGCACGGUCAACGGUGCCAAAUCCCCAUCUACAGGCCAUCCAGUGAGUGUUGAGAACCUUAAUUUGAGCGCGGCAGUCAACAUCUACGCUCUACCAAGCGAGGAGCGUACGUGGAGUCUUAUUCAGCAGUACUUCUAUAAGACCGGACAGCUUCUGCCUUUUAUCCAUGAGCAAUCAUUCUGCGAGACAUACUUUCAGAUGAAGAAGGAAAGAUUUCGCAAGGUCCGUAGGACCUGGCUCGGUCUGCUCAACAUCGUCCUCGCUAUCGCAGCAAGUCUGUCAACCAAAGGUGACAUGCCAGCGGAGAAGCGGAUACAGGAAUCCGACGUGUACUAUCAAAGAGCAAAUGGCCUCUGUGAUCGAGAUUCCAGACGAAACGCCAGCUUAGAGAUGGUGCAAUAUCUCCUAAUCCUGGGUCAAUACCUACAAGGUACUCAAAAGUCAGUGCAAGCUUGGACUGCACAUGGGUUGGCAAUAUCUGCGGCGUAUCAAUUGGGUCUACACUCUCCAGAUGCAAAUCGGGGAUUUCCUCCAACGGAAUGUGAGACUCGUAAACGCACCUGGUUUGGAUGUGUCCUUCUUGACCGUACUCUGAGCAUGACUUUCGGUCGCCCGUGUACUAUCCCUGAAUUUUACGUGAAGCUGGAAAUGCCCUCUCAGGACUUGCAAAUGUUAACCUCGCCUGUGGGGUCUGAUACUCAUCGAAUGUUGGACGGCUCUUUCUUUACGGCUGCAGUAAAGCUAUACGUCAUACUUUACAACGUGCUCGAAUCAUGCUAUGGGGCCAAUCUAGGAUUCGUUGUUUCCACGAGCCCCAUAGACGCCAUGUCCGGGAUCCUCGAAGGGCAGCGCCAGCUCGAUGAAUGGCGACUUCAGCAAUUGCCCUCCCUGGGCCUGAAAGUCUGGGAUAGCCCCUUAAGUCUGGAGGAUGUUGAGAAGAUGGAUACAGGCUCGAUAAUCCGUCAUCGAUUUGAGGUUGUCCUUUCCGUGCGCUAUAAUAACCUUCGAAUCCUCGUGCAUCGCCGCUGCUUAGAGAGCCUCCUUGACCCAACCCAGACGCAAGGUGACACGCUGGUGAAAUCUGAAAUGCGGCUGCUUCAGCAAAUGGGACUGAGCAGCGUUAUCAGCUGCGUUGAAUCCGCUAUGUCGAUUAUCUCGACUGUACACAAUAUGUCUGCCGGUAGUGGCUGGCGACGUGAAUUCUUGGGUGCAUGGAAUUAUUCACUCUACUACACCUUCAAUGCAGCACUAGUUAUUUUCGGCUCUCUCAUCGUGGCAUUGAAGGAGCGUGACCGCAACCCGUCAGCCUGGUUAAUGGUUAGCCAUUCCCGGCCCUAUAUUGACACCGCGGCUGAAGCACUGCGUCAGCUUGACCCGGGAAACCCUGUUGUUGAGCGGUGUCAUGAAUACCUUUCGCAGCUAUCUGCAAUAUUGGACCCUCUAAGUUAG